AUGGAAUGUUAUGCAAUCGACUUGAAAUUCAACACUGGUCUUAGACAAAGUACAGGAUUUUUCGCGUGCUUCUGCCUCCAAGUUAUCAGCGGGGCUAAGCGGAAAUCUAGUCGGAAAAACUAUUUGAUCCGAGAGCGCCAUCCUGCAGCGAGCUAUCUUCCAAAGAUAGUUACCACAUUUGCUAACAAGCCUCAACCGCUCGCUUACGCUCGCUUUGCUGCCGCGCUUGUGUGUGCAUAUCAUCAAGAACACCAGGUGAACCUGGAACUGGAAAGCGACUUCCUCAAUCUGUUUAGUAGAGACAAAUUAGUCAAGGGCGAAGUGGAACGUAACGCUACUUAA